GCUCACCCACAUCUGGAAGCCACAUGUCAGCAGCAGCUGUAUAAAACAGGCAGCCCAGCAGACAUAGGGUCAUAUUUUUUGCCAGAAUCCCAGGCAGCAUGGACCUCACUCUUCUGUGGGUGCUUCUGCCACUGGUCACCGUGGCCUGGGGACAGUACGGUGACUACGGGUACCCAUACCAGCAGUACCACGACUAUAGCGACGACGGGUGGGUGAAUCUGAACCGGCAGGGCUUCAGCUACCAGUGUCCCCAUGGGCAGGUGGUGGUGGCUGUGAGGAGCAUCUUCAACAAGAAGGAAGGAUCUGACAGACAGUGGAACUACGCCUGCAUGCCCACGCCGCAGAGCCUCGGGGAGCCUUCGGAGUGCUGGUGGGAGGAAAUCAACAGGGCUGGAAUGGAAUGGUACCAGACAUGCUCCAACAAUGGACUGGUGGCAGGGUUCCAGAGCCGCUACUUCGAAUCAGUGCUGGACCGUGAGUGGCAGUUUUACUGCUGUCGCUACAGCAAAAGAUGCCCAUAUUCCUGCUGGAUGACAACAGAAUAUCCAGGCCACUAUGGUGAGGAAAUGGACAUGAUUUCCUACAAUUAUGAUUACUAUAUGCGAGGAGCAACAACCACUUUCUCUGCAGUAGAAAGGGAUCGCCAGUGGAAAUUCAUAAUGUGCCGGAUGACUGACUACGACUGUGAAUUUGCAAAUGUUUAGAUUUGCAACCUACCAAUCUGGGUGAAGGGAAGGGGGCCAGGAGACCAGAGGAUGUCCAUAUAAGUGAACAUCAGUUGGGACUCCUAAGUGAUUUCUGCUGCUCUCUUUUCUUCUCCCCGAGCUGGUGGGUAGUUGCAAUGCCAGAUUUCUGGGCCUUUCUGACUGGUAUCACACUUAUAAUAAAAUCUACAAUUUCUCACUUUCAACAUGUUCCAUAGCAACCAUUUUAUAUGAGUGACAAUGGCUCUCUUGCACACCAUAUAGUCUGUGUGCAUGCUCAUAGCCUGAAAAAAACCCUGGUUCUUGGAACACCUGUCACAGCCUUUCUGCUGCUUUUACUACCAAAUGAGCUGCCUGAUGCUUAGCAAUGUCUGUGAAGAAGUUCAGUGGAGUGAAGUGAAGGGGCAGCAGUUGAGAAGGUGGCAGUUAAGGUUCUCUCAGCUACAUCUGUUUGAGUGACAUCUGGGGUCCCCCCAGAGAGCAGACCUUCUGCCUCAAGGGGACAUGCUUCCAUUCUGUCUUUCCACAUAAGCCACAUUUGCCUGGAAGUUUAAGUGCAGAGCUCUGCACUCCAUGAGGGAGAAGACAGGGAGGUUGAGAGAUGGAAAGUUUUGGGGAUUGAAAGACUGAGGAUCAGAAGAAUUUCCAAAUUGGAAGAUUAUUAGCAUACCUAGUAAUGAAAAUGAGCACAGGAACCAAAAAAGCCUCCUGUCUCAAGUAAGACAAAAACAAGAAGGAGGAGAGAGGUCAGAGAAUGGGACUCAAAUUAGGAACUUGGAAGGGAAAGGGAGAAGGGUCAGGUUGCAUUGGGAAAUCAAAAAAGUGCUUUGAUUCACUGGCACCUGGGAACACUGGCACAUGCCCUGUUGAUGUGAGAGCUGCUGACAAACUUACUUGGAUUGGCCUCAAUGUUCUGGAUGGGAAAUCUGCCAUGGGGGCAUCUACUUCUCCUCUCUGUGUAGUUGAAGGGCAUCUUUCUCAGAGGUGGCACUGUCUCUCCUCUUCCUGUGAUGUCUCUCUCUCUAGCCCCUUGUACUCACUUCAUCAUAAAAGGAAUAAAAAUAUUAACAUUCA